UGGUAGUUAAGUUUGAAAGUCAAUCUUUUACCAGAUUCGUUAAGAACAAUGUACAUUGUAAAAAUUUGUUAAUUAUUAUGACUAUUAUUAUAGUAAUUCCAUAAUUUGAUGCAAAAAAUAUUUCAGUUUGCCAAAUAAUCAGAGCUGUGCCACUCUGUACUUCUGUGAAUAACAAUUUAACAUCAAUCACAACAUUGUCUUAUGUGUAUAGAUAAAACUCUACUGAGAGAAGACUUCUUUUACUUAAAUGUGAAAAUAUAUCUAUGUUGUCCUCUUUGGUGGUUAACAUGAUUUCAUUGAGGGAAGGGUCACUCUAUAAGGAACAACAUCAUAAAAAUGGCAGCAGUUUUGGAGAAAUAUGAAAGUACAAUAUUUUUAUGUGAGACAACUGAAGAUGGAAGAUACAUUCGUUGUGAUUUUAAUCAGUGCAAAACUCACAGCAGGAAUAAAAACAAUGUCAACAUUCCAGUGGACUACUGGUUGAUCAACACUGAGAAGAAUGUGAGCAUACUAGAGAAACAUGUUGGCAAAGAGAUUUAUGAAUUUAUUGAAUUGCAUGAGACUGAAAUUUCAAGCUACCAGAAGGAGUGGUACGAAGUAAAUGCAGAUCUGCUGGAUUGUAGUUCCAUUCCUCUCAAGAACUAUGAGAAACUUCUCAUAGUAUUUAAUUUAAGAGAUCCGCAGUCCAGUUUUGGAAAAUGGAUUAAUGCUUUUUUGGAUGCUUGUAAAAAUUUAAAUGGUAUACCAGUUAACUAUACUUGCAUUACAUUGUCUUUUUCUUCAAGACGAGAAUUAUUCUUAAAUAUUGAAAAACUGAAAACCCUAUACAACAAAAACAACGGAGACAUCAUGGUCGUACUUAGUUGUCAUUCUAGUUCACAAGGGCAGGUUUUCUCAUGUACCCCAACUGCUAUCAGCAAAGCAUAUAACUUUGAAGAAUUUUGUUCAAUUCAUGAUUUUGUCCAAGCAUGUCAGGAUGUAUUAAAGGAAAGAUUGAAAGUGAUCCACUUGUCUUCAUGUUUUGCUAUGAAAUUGAACAGCUCGCACAAAGACUGGCCAGUUGAUUAUUCUUGGUUGAAGACCAGUUUGACUUGCAUUCUUUCGGGUAGUGCUAAAGAAGUUUAUGAAACUGGUUCACAAACUGCAGAUUUAUUUCUAAUGCUGAAUUCAAUGUUAUCAAAUUCCAAUCUUUCUUUGCAAUACAAGCAGGUUUUACAUACCGCUUGUUAUGUGGCUUUUCCAGAUUUAGCUCUUGAAAUGGGUUUGUGUACAGUAGCUGGCGACGUUGUAGAUUCCAUGAUGGAAAAUCCUGACCAGGAAGACCAAGUCACCAAACCUUGUGUGGUCAAUUCUUCAGUUCAUUUGCUUCUCAUCUAUAGCAAUGAGAGUUUACCUCUCAAAGAUGCCAUAAUCAGUAAUUUGCAGACCAGAUUAUGUGCAGACCUUAAAUCUCUAAUAACUGUUAAAAACAUUAGUGAAAGCGAUAAUCAGCCUUUUCUUAAGGAUGAAACAACAUGCAAAGCAAAUGAAAUCUUUAUUGUUUUAUUGGAAGAGAAAGUUAAUAGAAUCACAUUGAAUUCUUUGACAAAAUGGCUGAAAACUGCUCAAAAUGUUUCUGUGUAUGGUCUACACUUCGUGCAUGUCAAGCAUUUAAAUGUUUUAAAAGAAAUGUUGAGGGAGUUAAAUCUAACAGCCACAGGUUUUGUGUUUGAGAAGGAAGUUAUGUUCAAAGAUUUGUGUCCUGUGUUGUUGUACUUAAUCCAUUUAUCUCUUGGUGAGAAUGGAAUUAGAGUAACUCCGACAGCCAUUGGUUGCAGUAGAUGGUCUCUAAAAGAGGUAUUUCAAGAAGUGUCAGACGUUUUAAGUGGCCUAUCAAGCAAAUGCAACUACAUGCUACUCUCAGAAUCAAGUAAACCUCACAACACAUGCAGUGAAAAAAUGAAUGAAGAUGUGCCUGUGAACAGUCUUGAUCAAAACAAUGAUCACACACCUUUCCUUGAACAUACUGCAUGUAAUGAAAUAGAUAAAGAACAUUUACCUCAUAAAAAUCCCCUUAAAUCAGUUGAUGUUUUAACACCAUCAAUAAAAGAUGUUCCAUUAAUGGCGAAUGUGAAAGAAGUACUUAUUGAGCAUUACGUACUAAACUUGGGUGUGAACUUUGCAGAACGAUAUAUUAAUGGAGAUAUUCUAUUGUUUGUUAAACCGGCAACGAAAGAAGCUAAUGAAAGAAACUUUCAAAUGUGCCUAGAUUGCACUUUGAUUGAUAUCAUUUCAGUUGAAGAGGUUAUUCUUCCAGAUAAUUUUAAGCUUCACUUUCACAACCAAACAUGCUGCUGUGGCUCAAAAGGUGAUACAAAAGAUUCAGUCAUGUGCGAAAGCUGUUUAUUUCUACACAAAUUUCAUCAAAACAAAACAGACAGGUCUUACACCAAUUUGAGUUUUCAGAAGUUAUCAUAUGCGACGUACGGUUGGUGUAUUAGGGUUUGGACUGAGAAUCAAGCAAGUAAACAUUGGCCGAGUUGUGUUCAUAUUAAGUACCGCACGAAUCCAAAUGGACCGUCCUUGAUGUGGUGUACUGAUCAAGAUGGAAAUCCAGCCUGCUUUACCCCUGGUGCUUACCUUAACAACAGAACCAUGAUGCCGUGUCAAGAACCACCUGUAGCUGUGGCAACAUGGCAGGCUACAGUGAAAGUUCCGAGAGGUUUUUCAGUUUUGUCUAGUGGUGAAGCAGUCACAUGCAUGAUAAAAAAUAAACACGAAACCUCUGUCAAGGAAGACGUUUAUUACUUUGAAAUGUCGAUUCCCCUUCCAAAUUCGACGUUAGCUUUUGCAUUUGGUAAAUUUGCAAAGAGCUCAUCCACACUCACUGUUUCAACAGCACCAAAUGGUAAACCAAUCACCAUUUCGUUGUACGCACCGCAGUCGAAGAUAAACCAGUUUGAAGAAGAAUAUUUGAGUCUGGCGUCAAAACACGUUUGUUAUACUUGUCAGCUACUUGGGGAGUACCCUUUUUCUCGACUUGAUCUAGUGAUUAUGCCGAGAUCGUUUGCAUGCAUGGGGUUAGCGAGUCCAAAUUUGAUUUUUCUUUCCCAAUCUGUAUUAUGUGGCGACGCGAGUAUGUCAUCGCGAAUAGCGCACGAGAUAUCUCAUGCGUGGUUUGGACUGCUCAUCGGGAUACAAGAUUGGACAGAGGAGUGGUUAAGUGAAGGAUUCGCUACGUUUUUGGAAGAAAGGAUACAAGCUUAUGUCAAUAAAUAUUCGCCACAAGAAUUUGCUAUGCAUCACGAGUUAUUAGCUCUACUAAAAUUAAAGACAUUAGACUCAGAGUUGGAAGUCACUGAAGACGAUAAUUUAAAGUUAAUGAGACCGAAGAAAUUAAAAAGAGGGAGCAACAAUUUGACUGCAAUUGAAGCUGUUGAUAAAAGUUUAGAGAAUACCACUUCUGACGUCACUCCUCACAUUGUUGUUCCCAAUGCUGCUGUAGCGUCCAAGAAGUGGUCACAAAUUCAUUACUUGAAGGGAUAUUUCCUUCUUCAUCAUCUGGCAACCAUGGUUGGUUAUGAAGCGUUUGAUAUCUUCUUGAAGAAGUAUGUUGACAAUUAUCAGGGAAGGCUCGUCACUUCGGAGAUUUUCUUCGAGUUUUUCAUUGGCUAUUUUAACUUAUCCAGCGAGUUAAAAGAACAGUUAUCAAAAGAUUGGUUGGAGAGUUCUUCUUUACCAUUUCCCUGAUAUAGUGAACCAAACGAAAUCACAAAACCUUGAUAUAACGAACUCAAGGGACUAAAUGUAGCAGAAACUCGGCAAUAUUUUCAAAGUUUGGUGCAUCAUCCGUAUCAAUAUUAUGUAAACAAAACAGUACAAUGUCAUCCAAAUCGAACAGUUCGAAUCAUGGAAACAUUGGUAGAGCCUGCAAAUAAAAAAAUCCAAAUUUUGAACUUUCAGAUACCAUCUUGUUAAUAAUGUUUUCAUCAGGUAUAUCCACUUUAUAGGAAAUGCUUACGCAAUGAAGCAAGUGUUAGAACAACUGAUGUCUAAGAGAUAAUUUGCUAGAUUUAUGGAGACGUUGCAUUGUGUAAUGUAAACGGAAAAAUUUACAAAUGCUACUGUGAUUUUUAUUUUUUUUAUUAUCCGGCAUAACGAACUAUUGAUAUAACGAACUUUGCUUCGGUUCCCUUCUUGGUUCGCUAUACAGAGACUUUACUGUAAGCGGCGCGCUUUCAGCUAUUUUUGAUCUGAAGUGUGUUUAUCUGUUUGGAGAAUCCCAGUUGCUUGUUAUUAUUAUUGCUGCCACUUUAACCCUAUUAUAGUGGGUUUUUUUAGCCCGUGGUUAUAAAGUACCCGCGUCUAAAAAAAGGGGUGUAGCAGGCGCACGUUUUUUAAGGAAGGGAGAUUUUUUGUAGUCAUCUUUCACUUUGGACAAUUUUC